AUGAGGUCUGUCGACGAGUACAGGCGCGCACUGGAGGGCCUGGAGGCCAGCACCUCCGGGCCGCAGGAGCGCGAGCGGGCGGAGCUCCUGGUGGCGCAGUGCGGCGCCCUGCUAGAGCUGCACGAGUGGGACGCGGCCGCUGGUGUGGCUACACGCGCGGUAGAAACCUGCCCUAACUGGGACCAGGCGUGGUUGGUGCUGGGCAAGGCCCUGCGCGGCGCGCGCAACAUCCACGGCGCGCGGCGCGCCUUCCAGAUGGGCCUCCAGGUCGACCCUUCCAACCGCACGCUGUCCAUGCUGCUGGCCAAGAGCGUGGCGGAGGCGCGCCUGCGCGCUCUGGCGGGGGCCAAGGAGCGCGGCAACGCCGCCUUCCGCGCCGGCAGGUGGCAGGAGGCCUGGGACGAGUACAGCGCGGCCCUGGCCGCCGACCCGGGCCUGCGCGCCGAGGCGGUGGCGCAGGUGGCCUGCAACCGCUCCGCGGCCGCCGGCCGGCUGGGGCGCUGGGCGGAGGCGCUGGCCGACGCGGAGGCCGCGCUGGGCAUGGAGCCGGGCACGCAGCCCGAGUACCCAGGCCUGGACCGCCUGCUGGCCGACGCGCGGCUGGCCAAGAAGAAGGCGGAGCGCGUGGACUACUACGCCGUGCUGGGCGUGGAGGAGGACGUCCAUCCCGACGCGCUGAAGAAGGCCUACCGCCGCGCGGCCCUGAAGAGCCACCCGGACAAGGUGUCUGAGGGCGAGCGCGCGGAGGCAGAGGUCAACUUCAAGCUGGUGGGUGAGGCGUACGCGGUGCUCAGCGACCCCGCCAAGCGCCAGCGCUACGACGCGGGCUGGUCCAGCACCGAGAUCGAGAGCGGCUGCCCCGAGGGUGGCUGCUGCGGCGGCGGCGGCAGCGGCGGCGGCGUGCCCACCGACAUUUUCGCCCAGAUGUUCCAGCGCGGCAACGGCUUUGGGCCGAGCUACGGCGGCGGGCCCACCUUCGCAUCGGGGCCCCAGUUCAGGGCGCGGUGGUGA